AUGAACACAGUAUACAGCCAAGAAUGUGAAGUUGGUAUGAUAAAACUUUACAAUGGAGUAAACUGCCAAACAGACCAAUCUUGCCAACGAUUAUCGACCGGUUUCUUCUGUUACAAUGGAAAAUGUUGCUCUAAUGCUGUUUGUAAGUUUUCUACUUUAGUUUACUUUAACUUGCCUUACCUUACCUUAUCUACCUUACUCUACCCUAAUCUAGCCUACCAUACCUUUUACAUUGUAAAAAUUAUUGCAACGAUCAAUAACUCUUUUAGCCUUAGCAAACGGGUACGGUUCAUCUUGUACAACAGCAAAUCAAUGUGCCUUUGCCAACUCACAAUGUACAGGAAAUGUCUGUUACUGUCAGUUUGGCUACAAUUUCAAUGGACAAACUUGUCUUCCCAAUAACGGAAUACAAAGAGAUGACAAUAGUAAGAUAUAUAAAGAUAUGCCAAAAUUUAUCUUUAGCUAUAAAUGGCUUUUGUCAGCCAAAUGAAGUAUCAGUCAACCAAAUAUGUUACCCAUUGCGGUCCUAUUACGGCAACUGUGACUACAAUGAACAAUGUGCCUUCCCUGGUGGGAUUUGUGAUCAAAGACAGUGCAAAUGCAAUUUUGGCCAAAUUUUCAAUGGAUUUCAAUGCAUUCAAGACAGGGCUAUUCCAGUACCCAGUAAGAUAUUUUUUUUCAAAGUUAAUUAAAAAAAAAUAUUUCUUUGAGAUUCACUUCAAUUGAAGUGUUUACAAAACAUAAAAAUCCUUAUCCAUUGAAAGAAUUAAUAUUUUGUUAUGAAAUAACAGUAUAGUACAGUAGUUUUAUCAAAAAUCUCGCAUAUUGACAUAUGACAAUUAUACAUAGGUACGUGUCCCGCAAACCAAAUCCUAAUCAACAACCAAUGUCUUCAACGAGCUGGUCUCGGAGAACGUUGUAUGUACGAUGAACAAUGCGAGGGAACGUUUACUGACAGCGGAUACAAAUGUCAAAAUGGCAUCUGUACUAGAGUAAACGGAUGGACUCCUCAACCACGACCAGGUAGAUCUCUAGUUUACAUGUUUAGCAGUCUUGAAUUGUGAUUACUUUAAAAUGAGCACACAAAAUUUUAAGUAUCUUAAAAUACCCAUUUAUAGCCCAAUGUAGGAACCCGAAUGCCAGAGUAGAAAUGAGUGGAUCAACACCAAAGAACUGCAUCUCCCAGACGUGUUCAAAUGGCUUCCAUUGUGAGUACAGCCCCUCAAUUCUACAAUACAUUUGUUGUGGACCAAUCGAUGGAGAAUCCGGAGAGAUCAAAAUGUACCCAGGAUACUCAAACCUUCCACUACAAUGCUUCGGCAUCAACAGCUGCACUUUCGUUGAUUACCCUUACUGCGUUUACUCUCAAAGUUACAGACACAAUGUUUGUUGCUCAAAACCUGACUGCAUUUGA